CCGACUGGGGAUUAAACCCACAACCUAGGGCAGUGUGACCUUUGAUGACGUGGCCGUGUACUUCUCCUGGGAGGAAUGGGAUCUCCUUGAUGAGGCUCAGAGACGUCUGUACCAGGAUGUGAUGCUGGAGAACUUGGCUCUUAUAACCUCCCCGGGUUGUUGGUGUGGGGCAGAGGAUGAGGCACCUGAGCAGAGUGUUUCUGUAGAAAGAGUGUCACAGUUCAGGAUUCCCAAGGCAGGUCUGUCUUCCCAGAGGGCCCACCUGUGUGAAAAGUGUACCUUGGUAUUGAAAGACAGUUUACUCUCAGCUGAACAUCAGGAGACUCAUCAUGGACAGAAGCUGUGCAGGCUGGGCCCAUGUGGGAAACAACUAUAUUUCAGUGCAAACCUCCCUCAGCACCAGAUGCAAAACACUGGAGAGAAACCCUUCACAAUCAAUGUGAACAGAGCCUCCAGUGGGAAUGACUGCAAAUUUCACAUGUCUGGGAAGCCUUUUACCUGUGGGGAGGUUGGGAAGGACUUCUUGGCCACUUCAGGAUUUCUCCAGGUACAAACCACUAAUACCGAAGAAAAUUCAAACACUGGAACCAACUGUGUGGCAGCCUUUCCCAGGCAAAAAACUCACCCUCAAGAAUGCGCGAAAGCUUUGAGGUACAAAGACAAAGUUAUCCAUCACCAGAGAGUCCUCAGUAGAGAAAGAUGCUACAUAUGCAGUGAAUGUGGGAAAUCCUUUAGCCAAAGCUACAGUCUCAUUAGACAUUGGCAAGUUCACACAGAAGAAAGGCCCUAUGAGUGCGGGGAAUGUGGAAAAUCCUUUAGCAAAAGCUGUACCCUUAGUAACCAUCAGAGAGUUCACUCUGGAGAAAGGCCUUAUUUAUGUAGGGAAUGUGGGAAAACCUUUACCCAUAGCUCUAAUCUCAUGAAACACCAGAGAGUUCACACUGCAGAAAGGCCUUACGAGUGCAAGGAAUGUGGGAAAUUCUUUAUAUACAGAUCCAUUCUCUUAGAACACCAAAGAGUUCACACUGGAGAAAGACCUUAUGAGUGCAGUGAAUGUGGAAAAUCAUUUAGCCAAAGAUCCCACCUCAAUAACCAUGGGAGAAUUCACACUGGAGAAAGGCCAUAUGAAUGCUGUGAUUGUGGGAAAUCCUUUAGCCAUAGCUCUAGCCUCAUUAAACACCAGAUAGUUCACAGUGGAGAAAGGCCGUUUGAGUGUAGGGAAUGUGGAAAAUCCUUUUACCAAAAUUCUGGCCUCAUUCAACACCAGAGAGUUCACACUGGAGUCAGGCCUUAUGAAUGUGGUGAAUGUGGAAAAUUAUUUAGUAACAAGUCCAACCUCAAUAAACAUUGGAGAGUUCACACUGGAGAAAGGCCUUAUGAGUGCUUUGAAUGUGGGAAAUCUUUUAGCCAAAGCUCUAGUCUCAUUCAACACCAGAAGGUACACACUAGAUAAUGACCUUAUGAGUGAUGUUAUGAAUUAAAUGUUUAUGUGCCCCACAAUUUGUUUGUUGAAAUCCUAUCGCCUGAUA